GGUCUCGGCUGUCCUGGUGCCUGCUUGGUUAGACUUGCCAUAUGGGCCAAGUUCAUUGUCUCACCUGUUUGUCUCGCUCUCUUAGUCAGUGAGGGAGUAUUUCAUUGUCUAUAGCCUGACAGCAAGCGUCAAACCCUCCACCAUCCUCAUUCAUUCACUUAAAUAUGUAAUAUUUCGUAUAUCCGUGUAUAUUUUUUUUAUUUUUACUUGUAACGUGUGUGUUGGCUGACGGACCUCGCGCUGGUUUCGCCACCUGGUAAAACCAGCUCUUGGUCGGGUUUCCCCUGUGCUCUGUGGGAUUGAUUAGGCGGUGCAGCUGCCGCCUGUUUGCUCAGGCACUGGGGAAGCAGGGUUUCAACGGAACAAGUUUAAAAAAAAAAGGAAAAAGUCAGAAUGUUGCAAGAAGCCACGUCAAAUGUUUUAAGGUUCCACAAUUACCUCCAGUCCAGAACCGAUGCCCGAGUCAAAGACUACCUCCUGAUGCAGAGUCCGGUCCAGAUGACCUCCAUCCUGUUGGGCUACGUGCUCUUCUCCGUCUACGUCGGCCCUCGCCUGAUGGCAAACCGCAAACCUUUCCACCUAAAGACCGCCAUGAUCAUCUACAACCUGAGCAUGGUUUUAUUUAACGCCUACAUAGUCUAUGAGUUCCUGAUGUCUGGAUGGGCGACCACCUAUACGUGGCGUUGUGACCUCAUAGACCCCUCCAGCAGUCCGCAGGCGCUGAGGAUGAUUCGAGCGAGUUGGAUGUUUUACUUCUCAAAAUAUAUUGAACUCCUCGACACCGUUUUCUUUGUGCUGAGGAAGAAACAAACUCAGAUCACAUUUUUACACGUAUUCCAUCACUCCUUCAUGCCUUGGACGUGGUGGUGGGGCAUCACCCUGACCCCUGUUGGUGGAAUGGGAUCGCUCCAUGCCAUGGUGAACGCCAUGGUCCACGUCAUCAUGUACUCCUACUACGGACUGUCCGCUGCAGGCCCUCGCUUCCAGAAAUAUCUGUGGUGGAAGAAGUACAUGACGGCCAUCCAGCUUCUGCAGUUCGUUGUGGUCUCCAUCCACAUCAGCCAGUACUACUUCAUGGAGAAAUGCGACUACCAGUUUCCCCUGUGGAUCCACCUGAUCUGGAUGUACGGCGUCUUCUUCUUCCUGCUCUUCUCCAACUUCUGGGUGCAGGCCUACAUCAAGGGCAAGCGGCUCCCCACCUCCGACGACGGGCCCAAAGUCAACGGCACGGCCGGCGAACACGUGGUGGUGGUGGCCAACGGCAAGCACCUGCAGAACGGACACGCACACCACCACGCCAACGGCAAGGUCCUGAUGGGCAAAGUCAAGGAGAUCUGACCUGGUGACUGGAACUGAGCAGGAGGCACACGAGGCUCGUUGGCGCCACCUUCAGUAUGUCCUUGGUGUCUUACAGCAUUCUGGAGCGGCCCGGACACCGGUGUUCUACUUGAAAAUAUCAGUGUAGACUUUAAUGAAAACAACCAACAUAUAUAACAGGGUGUUGCUAUUUGCCAGUAAUUUCUAUGUGCCACGUCGUUUGUUAGUGGAGAACUAACACUGUCUGGAUAUUGGUGCUCAUUUUGUCAUUGAUAGUAUUCAGCUGAGACUCGACCCAUGGAUAUGUGGCUGGCACGGCCCUUGUUGCUGAGGAGUAUUUCAUAGUCUUGGCUGACGUCUGGCACGUGUAAAGAACUGCUUGCUUUGUGCCAAAACAAGGUUUUUAUUGUAAAUGUCAAAUAUUACAGCUUCUUUUUUUCUGUUGUUAUUUAACUAAUGAAAUAAUAAAAUUGAUGUCAGGUAAAGGUCUAUUAUUUGAAAAGUGGUUAUGGUGUGUAUUUUUUAAGAAACAUCACACCUUCGUUUUUCAAAGUAACUUCAUACUGUAUAUUACAGUACUCAUGCAUUUAGGUAAUGGAGCACUGUGUGGUGUAUCGUCUCUUUGAACAGCACAUGAAGGUAAUAAAGAACAUCCCUUCUGAA